ACAUCGUCCGUUCUACCAACCUCUUUUGUUCACAGCCCGCUCUCGGUUACGGCUAAAAUACGGACAACGUGUAUCUAGCUAGUUACCGGGGAAUAACAUUCGAUAACAUAAAGCUAGUAAACGUCAUACAGUGCGUUGUUUUGGGGUACUGCCGACCGCUUUGAAACUAAGUGAAUGAAAGCCUUGCAGAACGUGAGCGACAUGAGUUCCGACGCUAAGCCCGAGCCUAAAAAAGGCAAAAUGGAGAAUGAAAGCAAAUAUCUCCCUGAGCUUCUGGCAGAAAAAGACAGCCUGGAUUCGUCAUUUACUCACGCAAUGAAACUGAUAUCUGCAGAGAUCGAAAGGAUUCAGAAAGGAGAGUCAAAGAAAGAGGCAGAAAGAGAAACGUACUUGGACCUGUUUACCACAAAGAACAUCAAGGUCAAAGAACGUGUGCUAAUUCCCGUCAAGCAGUACCCAAGGUUUAACUUCGUUGGUAAGAUUCUGGGACCCCAGGGGAACACGAUCAAGCGACUCCAGGAGGAAACAGGAGCAAAGAUAUCGGUGUUGGGCAAAGGUUCCAUGAGAGACAAGGUGAAGGAGGAAGAGCUGAGAAAGGGUGGUGAGCCCAAAUAUUAUCAUCUGGGCAUGGAACUGCAUGUCUUCAUAGAGGUGUUUGCCCCCAUACCUGAGGCAUACCUGCGCAUGGCUCAUGCCAUGGACGAAGUCAAAAAGUUCCUCAUCCCUCAGGACACCAUGGAUGGUAUCUGCCAGGAUCAGUUCAUGGAGAUUGGCUACCUAAAUGGAGGUCAGGACUCACAAUCCAGGGGAAGGGGGGGCCCCCCAGGCAGGGGCAGGGGAGCACCCCCACCCAACUCUGCAGGAGCCAGGGGGCGAGGAAUGCCACCUCGUGGAGGAGCCCCUCGUGGUGGAGCUUCCCGAGGGCCACCCAGGGGUGGGUCCACCAGAGGGGCUCCAGCUGGUCGGGGUGGACCCCCCUCCACACCCGCUAGAGGAGGCACAGCUCAACGUUCCAGACCCCCCGCACAAGGGACGCAAAGGAUGCUCCCGUCCCCAGCCCACUCCCACCAGCAGCACCAACAUCAGCACCAACAUGCGCCACCACCCAAGGCUGAGGCCUAUGAUGAAUAUCCUGCCUAUGAAGAAAGCUAUGCUGAGCCUGCAUAUGAAGGUUAUGACAGUUAUUACAGUCAACAACCUCCACAAGCGGAUACAGAGUACUAUGACUAUGGACAUGGAGAGGCUCAGGAGGCCUUUGAACCCUAUGCCCAGGACGAUUGGGAGGGUUCGUGGCCCACCACUGGAGGCAAAGCCCCUCCUGCAAGGCAGGAUAAGCGGGGGUCCUACAGAGAGCAUCCAUACGGAAGAUACUGAACGGCUCCGGUAGAGGGUUGCCCUGGCAACUGUCUCCUGUUGUAAAUCACUUUUAACUCUGAAGUAAUUUCCCUCUUUUUCUUUAAUUUUUUUAAAUUGUUUGAGAGCAGGAUAAUUGGAUGUAUCGCAUCGAGUGGGCAUAGCAAGCAAAUGCAAGGAUUUUGAUAAUACGUUUCAUUCAAUGUUUGUUUCCAAUGCAUCUUUGAGUUAAGAUCUAAUGUAAUGGUUGCUUGAAGAUUUAAAACAAAAAAACAAAAAAACUUGAUACCUUGUGUAGUUUAAUGUUCAAAAAUGUUAUUUCAGUUUGUCUGUCGUCAUGAGAGGAUUCAGUUGCAGACUCAUUUAGGCUGCAUUUCAAAAGUAUUUUUAGCUAAUAAACUUGAUCAAUGACAUCAAUGUAACAUCGGCAACUUAGAAUGAAUGGGGAAGAACCUAAAUAAAUUUCUGGACAAUUUUUUUGUAGAAUCUAAAAUCCCAUAGGUUCAAUUUUUUUAUUUUUUAUUAUGAGUUUUGAAAUCUAGCCUUAUUAGACACUGUUGAGACGGUCUGUCCUAAAAUCUCAGUCAUUUCAAUUUGACUUGAUUGUCUAGUACAUUCUGCUAUAGAUAUCUUUUGCGAUUGGCUUACUUUGGUCUACAUCUUAUUGGGCUGACUGAUGGAAAUUCUGGUGAAUUACUCUAUUUGUUGGUGUCCUACCAAGAUUUGGACAUGGUCCUCACAGGGUCUUUAUGUAAGGGAAAACUGCAGCCAACUCAAUAUUAUGUACAUAAACUAAGGACAAUUGUAUUGCUAUCUAAAGUUGUGCAGUCUCCAAAAUGCAUAGUGCUAUAUGUGUACUCUUGCCUAAAUAGGAUACUAAAUAUAUCCACAAAUGUUUUGCUGCAGUGCGUUGUAUCAAUAAAGCCUAAUUUGUUUUUGUUUUUUUAUCCAACUAAACCUGGUAUCUUGAUUUUGUUGUAUAGUAAUGCCUUCCACUAAUAAAACUGAUCCUCAUUUUGAGGUUCUUCACAAAACUCAAA